AAAGAGGUUAAGAUAUAAAUCUUCAAGCACAUCCUCUGUGUGACAGUAUAAUCAUGGCUUCUCGAAAGCUCUCAUUUCUUCUCUCCCUCUCUUCCCCCUUUACUUCUUCUUCUUCAAGUUCUUUCGGUCUAUGUUCCGUCUGGGGAAGAGGCAUCAAUAGGUUUACUACAUCUGCUUCAAUUGAGAAACCCAUCAAUCCUUCUGUUAAGAUAGAGUACAACCAGCUUCUAAUUGAUGGGAAAUUCGUUGAUGCAGCAUCAGGGAAAACAUAUUCAACAUUGGAUCCUAGGACAGGAAACGUAAUAGCCUAUGUCGCUGAAGCUGAUACUGAAGACAUAAACCGGGCAGUUUCAGCUGCUCGCAAAGCAUUUGAUGAAGGACCAUGGCCGAGAAUGACUGCUUAUGAACGAUCAUGCAUCCUGUUGCGAUUUGCUGAUUUGAUUGAAAAAAACUUGGAUAAAGUUUCAGCACUUGAAACAUGGGAUAGUGGAAAGCCUUAUGACCAAGUUGCAAAUGUUGAAGUACCAAUGUUGGUACGUAAGAUCCGAUAUUAUGCUGGUUGGGCAGACAAGAUUCAUGGUCUCACAAUUCCAGGUGAUGGACCACACCAUGUGCAGACCUUGCAUGAACCUAUUGGUGUUGCAGGACAGAUCAUUCCAUGGAAUUUUCCUCUUCUAAUGUAUUCUUGGAAAAUCGGCCCUGCAUUAGCAUGUGCUAAUACGGUUGUCCUGAAGACAGCAUCGCAAACACCAUUAUCUGCUCUAUAUGUGACAAGCCUGCUGUAUGAGGCUGGGCUUCCUCCUGGGGUUGUAAGUGUGGUCCCUGGCUGUAUUCCUGCUGGUGAAGCUCUCUGUAAUCACAUGGAUGUCGACAAGCUUGCGUUCACUGGAUCAACUAGGACUGGUCAGAAAAUACUUGAAAUGGCUGCAAAGAGUAAUCUCAAGUCAGUGACUUUAGAACUUGGAGGAAAAUCUCCUUUUAUUGUGUGUGAGGAUGCUGACGUUGAUCAAGCUGCAGAGCUUGCACAUUUGGCCUUGUUCUUUAACCAGGGUCAAUGUUGUUGUGCUGGGUCUCGAACUUUUGUACAUGAACGCGUGUAUGAUGAAUUUGUAGAGAAAGCAAAGGCCUGUGCUUCAAAACGUGUAGUUGGAGAUCCUUUUCAGAAGGGGGUUCAACAAGGUCCUCAGAUUGAUGAGCAACAAUUUCAGAAGAUCCUUUCGUAUAUAAGGUCUGGUAUUGAAAGUGGUGCUACGCUUGAAAUUGGGGGUGAUAGAUGUGGCUCUAAGGGCUAUUAUCUUCAGCCAACUGUUUUUUCAAACGUUAAGGAUGACAUGUUGAUAGCACAGGAUGAGAUCUUUGGCCCAGUACAGUCCAUCUUAAAGUACAAGGAUCUUGACGAAGUGGUUAGAAGGGCAAAUGCUUCUCGCUAUGGACUGGCAGCUGGAGUUUUCACUCAGAACAUAGACACUGCCAACUUCUUAACUCGUGCAUUACGAGUUGGAUCAGUAUGGAUUAACUGCUAUGAUAUUUUUGAUGCUGCAAUUCCUUUUGGUGGAUACAAGAUGAGCGGCCUGGGCAGAGAAAAGGGCAUUUACAGCCUCAGCAACUACUUGCAGACUAAGGCUGUUGUGUUUGCUUUGAAAAACCCAGCAUGGUUGUAAUAUCUUCUUACUUCUAGCUUUCUAUUUCACAUCAUUUAAGAUGAACAUCCAUGUCAUAAAGCUUGACAUUCUAUUUAAUAAAGCAAAUUAGUGUUUUAAAUGUCAA